GGAAAACAACAGCUGAUGCCCCCCGCGAAGAUCCCGAUGCUGUUUCGGUGAUGGAUCGUCGGCGUCGCAGGCGAGGCGGCCCACGCCCACACGCCACGAGCCCACGACGGCCGAGGGAAGGGAGAAGGGACCGACCCGGCGCCCGCGGCUGCGGUCGUUGGGCUCGGGCGCCGCGCUACCAACCAAACCAAACCCCGUAACCCCACCCCAUCUUCCCAAAAAAGCGACGAAUCGCGCAGCGCGGAAGGGGGAAUCGCUGCGAUUUCUUGUGGCCCGGCGGCUCCAGCCCCACGGCUGCCGAGCGGAUAACGAACGACUGGCGGCGGCUCGCGUCGGCCUUCCUCCUCUCCUUCUCUCUCCUCGCAUCGCAGUCGCAGCAGGCAACAAACCAAAUCGCUUACCGCCCCCGAAGCGUCUCGGUUCGCAUAGCAGAGCUGCUCUUGCAACAAGCCAAACAACCCAGUGGCUGCUAGCCGAGACAGGGGAUAGAUUGAGAGAGGCGCGCAGAUGGCGACGCCGUCGUCGUCGCUUUGCUCCAGCUUCGCCUCCCUGCGGACCGCCUCCAUCGGCCACCCCCGUGGCAUCGCCUCCUCCACGCCCAGGAAGGCAUUCCAUGUGAGGGCAUCAGCUCGGGUUGACAAGUUCUCAAAGAGUGACAUCAUCGUGUCCCCUUCGAUUCUGUCUGCAAACUUUGCGAAGCUUGGUGAUCAGGUAAAAGCUGUGGAGGUGGCAGGAUGCGACUGGAUUCAUGUUGAUGUCAUGGAUGGGCGCUUUGUGCCAAACAUCACAAUUGGACCCUUGGUUGUUGAUGCUCUGCGUCCAGUGACUGAUCUUCCGUUGGAUGUACAUCUGAUGAUUGUGGAACCUGAGCAGCGAGUCCCUGAUUUUAUCAAGGCAGGUGCUGAUAUUGUUAGUGUCCACUGUGAACAGACAUCGACCAUCCAUUUGCACCGAACAGUCAAUCAGAUUAAAAGUCUAGGAGCAAAGGCAGGAGUUGUUUUGAAUCCAGCGACUCCACUCACUGCAAUUGAUUACGUUCUUGAUGUUGUUGACCUGGUGCUGAUUAUGUCUGUGAAUCCUGGGUUUGGUGGCCAGAGCUUUAUCGAGAGUCAAGUAAAGAAAAUUGCAGAACUGAGAAGGUUAUGUGCAGAGAAGGGAGUGAACCCCUGGAUUGAGGUUGAUGGUGGUGUUGGUCCGAAAAAUGCCUACAAGGUUAUUGAAGCUGGCGCAAAUGCCAUUGUCGCAGGUUCUGCAGUUUUUGGGGCUCCAGACUACGCUGAAGCUAUCAAAGGAAUAAAGACCAGCCAAAGACCUCUAGCUGUAGCCGCAUAAAGAGCUGGACGUGUAAUCAUUUACUCUGUGCAAGUUUACCAGUGAUGCGAUCUGUAUAGAUGUGUGUCUUGUCCAGCUAUACGUAUACCGGAGAUGAAAGGAGACGGAGGCAGUGAAGAAAUAUCCUUUUUUUUCUUCUCAUUUUUCACGAGGAUGCCGUGCACUGCUCCCAGAAUGCUGUGUCCAAUUUACAAACGCACAGGUGGCACAUGAACUAGCAGAGUAGCUCUCUCUUGAAAGGAAACUGUAUUUGGGGUCGAUGAACCCUCUGGUGUUAUUCUUCAGACUGGUAAACGAUGUAACAUGUUUGAUAAUCAAUAAAGUGCGUCGUAUGGCUUUCCU